UUUACAGCAUUUUGUCCGUAAAAUCCGUUUUACUAGGUAAUUGGGUAGAUUUAAUGUUAUCAAAUCAAUAAUAACGGUCUGCAGCUUUGCUCGAAAUGAAUUACACGAGUAGAUCAAUAGGAACGGGAUCGGGAGGAGGAGUAAGCAAUUCUUCUCUACCUCUUAACUAAAUGCUGCAUGCAUCUAGACGUUCAGCUUAAAAACUAUAUGUGGAUGGGUUAAGUUACCCAAAUCAAACGUCGAAUCUAUACUCGUCCUUUCAAGACCGGGGUCUAUCGAUUAUUUCUGUUAACAGCACUCCAGAAAUUUCUGCAGCUCACCGUUAUAACUAAAUUAAGAAUCUUCUACACCAGGUUACUGUUUAAUUGGCAAUCAGAUCGAAGGAAUUGAUUACCUUAAUCAUUUUUUCCCUUAUUUCUUACGGGUUUAAGGAUAUAAUGACCCGCUACACGGUGUCGAUUUUGCUGUGUGUGAUAUUAGUGAUGAAUCUAGCUAUCAUCGGUGAUGCAGCCAGAGCUAAAGGUAAAUGGAGGAAUAGGAGACCGAAUAGAAAGGGUUCUCCUAUAACGAUUUUCUAUACGCAUCCACGUCGGAAGGAAUACUAUGACAAUCCUAAUGGUGCUCAAAUAACUAAAGCAUCUCAUUUUGAUUACGAGUUUUUACUUGGACAUAAAAUUGUUUUCAUAUGUGAAGCAAAAGGAGAUCCACAACCAAGAAUUAACUGGUUUAAGGAUGACAUCGAACUCUAUGCACAUCCUUUUAUAAAGAUUACGGAAUGGCAGCUGAAACACAAACACAUCAAAAGCAAAUUACAGAUAACACCAGCUCGACAGAUGGAUUCGGGGAUGUACGAAUGUCAAGCCAAUAAUAAAUACUCGAUCGACAGUAGAAGUUUUAAAGCAGAUUUCAGUACAAUUAGUAAAUAAAUUCGAUUUAACGAAAUUAACUUCUGGUAUGUAAUUGGAAAAACAGAGAAUAUGAAUGUUCCUUCACAUUUUUUUAAAAAGAAAUCUGUAUUAAAUAGCUAUUAAUAUCAUGUGCAUUUUAAAUUAUGAAAGUAAUUUUUGAAUUCUAUGUGUAAAAAGAUAUAUUAAUACAUCAAACAUAAUGUUUCAAUUAAAUA